UACUUCAUUAUUCAGAAGCAGCUGAGGGUUCGGGAACAGACGGUACGUUUCUCGCACAAGAAGAUCAGCUUUACCGGCAGUUCAGCGAGGUGUGCUAGCAAAGUGUGCGGGUUUUUCUUAGUGCGUUGCUUUGUGUGCGUGUGUGUGUAUCGCACGUGUUUGUGUGUGUCAAUGAACUGCAAAGGGUUUCGCACAUAGUUGGUGCGCACACAGGAAAAACAGUGGCUGCGAGCUAGCUGGCUUCGGGUUGGCUAUUAGAAGGCGUGCCAGACACAACGAUUGCAUUUAGCUGCAAACCGCGCUGUUUUUAUCAGCACUCACUCGGCCGUUACACUUCAAACAGUCUGUGAUCGUCUAGCUGAGCAGACAAUUCGUGUAAAAAAGAAAAACUCGUCGGGGACUGAGCAAUUACCAAACCCUGAGCCGAGGUGGCGGUGUUUCCGACUCGUGGAAGGAGAACUUUCUAGAUCUUUUCAUCUGCUGAAUUUUCCGACGUCCCUCGGAUCAAUAAAUACAUCUCACCUCUCCAUCUCAUCUUCGCUCUACCUGGAUUUUAUAACUGUUGGAAUAUAUUAAUCGUGUCCUGACGUCUGAUCAUCUCUUCAAUCAUAUCUCUAUCAGACUUGAUGAAUAUUGGAUUUUAAACUUGGAAUAACUCAUUCUUCUCAUCCUUUAUAUCAUCUGGUGGUAGCAUCGCAUUUUCUCCUCAAACGAAAUGGAGGCUGAUCAGAUUUUCACAGCUGAUUGUAUCAAGAAGAGGCGGAUAAGAGGGGGAAAGGUGCAGUAUCUGGUGAAAUGGCGGGGAUGUUCAAGCAAAUGCAAUACUUGGGAGCCCGAGGAUAACAUCCUAGAUCCUAGCUUGGUCCUCGACUUCGAAGAAAGGUUGCUUGAAGAGUAUAGGAAGGGUCGUCCAGGCAGAAAACCUACCCUCCUCAAAAUUAAGGAACUGAAAACAUGGCGAAAAACUAACGACCUGUACUCAAAGGAACGACAAUACUGCCUACUCACAGGACUCACCCGAAACAAAGAACACGAAUCGACCAAACCAAAGACCACUGAUGACGAGCAGAACGAUUUCAAGAAGACACAGGAGCCAGAGAAAAUUAUAACCAACCACCUUGCAGCUGUUGACAAGAAAGAACACUUCAAAGACGCCAACGGGAACUACCCCAUAGUGUCUAACCGUGAGCAUGAUCUGAAGAUCCUCAAGAAGCCAAAGACUUUGUUUUUACGUGAUCACCAGAAUGAAAGUAGCCAUCUUCUGCAAGUGCAGCGUCAACAGUAUUUCGGCAACUGCCGCGAUGCCAACUCCCCGAUCGCAGGCAGCCUUCCAUCACCUUGUGCAGCGACACCUACGUCAGCCUCACUACCAAACACACCGACCACUGAUCCGUACCGAUCGAUGACGUCACCAAGGGAAGAUGGCAGCCCUGUCGCCGUUUCCCCGACGUCGUCAGUAGGUAGCCUGAAGCAGGGCAAGUUCGCGCUCCUGCGCAAAUACCGCAACUCUAUCGAGGAGAACCUCCACGUGACGGUUACGGACGUGACAGUCGGGAACGUGACGGUGGCCAUUCGGGAAGGAAACACACCAGCGGGAUUCUUCCGGGAAUGCGAAUCGCCUUCUUCGGUAUCUGGCCAAAGUAGCAACGGUUGGUGCAGCUCGUAGUUAUAGGUUAAUCGGCAUUGUGAGUAUGCAAGACUAAUCAAUAUUUCAAAUAUGCGACUGUUCAAGGUCAAAAGAUGAUGAAACCUUUUGCCGAGGUACUUUCAUGAGAGGUCUCAAGGGAUUUUUGUCAGAGACUCGCUGUUCCUACCAGCGUGGACAACAUCACUGGGCAAUCUCUGGUAGCUCGUUCCAGUAGUUUCAAAGACGCUGAGCCACUGAGUACCCUUGGCAGACAGACCUUGUACAAAUCAAGGACAUUCGUGGCUCGUGGUUGCUAGAGGAUGCAGAAGUUAGGAUAACAGGACUGACCUCGCGAUGCCAAUGGACCAGGGUUCCCUUUGCUGGUCAACACAGCGUGAAUGCCAACACGUCGAAAUACAGUCUGUUAUUCUACACCGAAAGCGGAAACAACUCUUGUUUUCAACGGGAAGAUGACUGUACCAUGCCAAGCAGUGAACUCUGUAGCACAGCAUGUUUCACCACGCUCUUGUAAGGAAAUACUUUGUAUAAAGAAUAUGAAAUACCUGAAGAAAAACAUUUGAUACAUUUGUCUUGUAUCUGUUUUCAAGUAUAUGACAAGUUUUAAAACCUUUGAUUGUUACUUUAUUCGUCCAUAAAAUAUAUAUUCAGUAUACUGUUUUUAUACAUUUUCAGAAUGGUACGAAAUUUGUUUUGCUAUGUGUGUUUCCAGUUUAUUCUGAACCACGUUAUUACAUGGGUUAAAAUCUGAAUGAACACAGAAUACCCAUUCAACAUGUCAAGUUUAUGAGAGAGCAUAUACGGUUGUCUUUUGCAUGCACAAGGGGACGGAUAUAACACAGCUAUAGUACUCUAUUCAUACCAGAGUGUGUACUCAUUUUGAAAUUGACUGCGUGGCCAUGGGAUGUGCUUAAUGCUUCAUGCUCUCAAGUGAUACCCUACUCAUUGUAGUUGAUAUAGUCACGAUACAUUAAAUCAUAGUGGUGAUUUUUUUUUAUUUUUUGGUUAUCUUUACGUAAUCCUAUCGUAAUAAUUUGAAUGUUAUAUUCAUUUGUAUCAAUAUCCAUAUUCGUGGAGCAGCUCUUGAAUCGUAUGUGAAAUAUUUGAUGUGGAAUCUUUCAAUUCCAGGUAGUUUUGUACCUUCUGGGAUUUUUGUAUACAUUGGUAUACAACAUGUGCAAAUUUACUCUGCCAUAGAUUUAAUGGUAAACGGGACAACUUUCAUUUGGGAGCUUGUUUGAGAGCCUAGUGUUCUAAAUGUGAUUUUAUUAUAUAACUUUUCGACGGCUUUUAGUGCGACUGUCUGUCCAAACGAAAAGCUGAACAAAUAUGAAGAAAUUAACGUUAAAUGAAAUGUGAAUACAUACAUAUAUUUGUUAAUGUCUUGUUAACAAUAUUUUCUGCCCUUUGUGGAUAGCUGUGAAUUUGUGUCAUGACAGAGCAUUCCAUAGUUUGACGGGGUUUUUAAAAUUGUUUUACCUUGAUAUAAGUAUCUGUAUUCUUUUUCUGGUGUAUAUGAGAGAAUUUUGAUUCAUUUUAAUCAGACAAAGUUAAAAAGCAAAUUUGUAAAGAUAUGUCUUAUAUUUGACCGUGUCAGUACUUACCAAUUUGAAGGUAAAAUGAACUUGUUUUUGAAAAUAAUUAGAUUCAUUGUAUGUUAUCAUUUGAUUUGUUUAAAAAGUUUCUUGCCUACUUUCACCUUAUCCUAAGUUCUUCUUCUUCUUUUAUUUUCUUCUUCAUAUUCCUCUCCAUUUCCGCUCUUCUCUCUCUUCCUUUCUUUCUUGCAUUCUUCACUUCACUUUAUUUCCCUGUAUUUUCUUUGUCUUCUUUCGGUAUACACUAUUUACCUUCAUAAUGCUGUUUAAGGUUAAAGUUGGUUGUCAUAGUUUUUUGGAAAAUAUAGUAGUAAUAAAGUGCCUUUCUUCAACCAAUGAAAAUGAAAGAGUGCGGCAGAUAUUAGAUGCAGACUUGCCAAAAUGGAUGAAAGACACACUAUGGAAGUGGUGUCAAAAGUGGAUCACCUAAGUUGAAAGAACUCGAAUGAAAAUUUGAAGCUUUACAUUUGACUAUUUUGCACUUAUGAGCUUCUUGAUUUAUAAGAUAAGGCUUCCGAGAUUGUUUUGGAGUUGUAAAAUUCGACAUGUUCAAGGUAAAGCAAUGAUGUACAUAAAUAUGGAGGAAUUUGGAAAAGAGAUAUAUUUUUUAAAUAUUGUAAAUAUGGAGAAAGAUGGUCUGCCUUGUUUAAGGAAUGUUUUGUAACUGGAAGACACUGCUGUCACACCUAAGAAAGUCAUUGAUGGAGAUAGAUCGCGUGGAUUGGAACUUUGUAGCUUUAAUUUAUAAAAACAAACAAAAAAGCAUAUUAUAAAAAAAAACAAUCUUCUGAUUUUUCAAAAAUGAUAUAGCUGUUUGUCGGAUUCGUUAUAAUAAUUGAAUUUUUCAGGAUAAUAAUGAACGUGUUAACGAAACUUGUUCAUGUCGUUCCAAAUUUAUGUUCUUGUACAGUUUGAAUUAUUGAAUAAAGGUCUUAAUUUCAUUUCAGUAUGAGUUGAAAAAGCUA